AUGGCGACUUUUCCUCAGAGAUUGUAUGAAUUGAAAUUUCAAAAAUCUCUGCGAGCGUCGCCCUUGCUUACAGAUAUGUUAUCAAAAACAGUGACAUGUUUUGAAAAUUUAUCAACAGAUUUAUUUCUUCAUAUAUUUGACUAUUUAUUAACAAAAUUAUUUCCAAAAUUAAAAUCGUUUUCAUUUCAGACAAAUCAUGAAGAAUAUAUAAAUGAUAAAAAAUGGGAAGAUAUUAUUCAACAAUCAUUAAAAUAUUUGAAAUAUUUUAUUUAA